AUGCAGCUGUUUAGUGCGCACCGUGGUGCAUUGGCGCGGUCCACCGCUGCUCUCCAGACUCCAGCGCGCAGCUUUGGGGCCCACGCGACACGACUCUUGCUUGGGCUGGAGCAGGUGCAGGACGUGCCCACCUCAACUGACCGCAAGCCCACCGGGAUGCACCGGGGUCCUGGCAAGCGCCAGACCGCUCCCAAGGAAGCGGCGCAGUACCAAUUCAUAAGAAAAUGGGACUUGCAGAUGCGCGAGACAUGGGACGAACUUGAGCCGUUCAAGGGGCUGCCGAAGCCCAAGGCGCAGUUUGGGAACGAGGCCGCUGAGGUCAUCUGGCCGUACGUGCUGCUGCUUGAGAACGUCAUCAAGGUGCACCCGUACACCAAGUCCAUUUAUGUGUACUAUAGUCAGCGGCAGAGCACACCGCUGGGAAAGCUGGCGGCACAGGUGGCAAAGCGUGUGUCGCAGGCGUAUCUGAUCCCCAUCACCUUCCACAACUCGCAGGUGUACGUGGAGGCGGAGAUGCUGCUCGAGUAUAGCGAAACGCCCUGGGUGGUUGUCAACUGCCUCGACGGCACGCACAAGCUCAUUCCUGUAAAGCCACAGGCUGGACAGACCGUGAAGGCGGGUGCUGAGGAAGUACUCGACGACAUUGUGAGCGCCUGCAACAACAUGGGCAACGCGGUGAAGAACCCGAAGGAGGUGAUGCAGGUGCUCGGUGAGCGUCCCCUGCAGAACCAAUACGUGCGGGUGAACUACCAGUGGUAUGGCGACACGCCUGAGGAGCGCAUGAGCCACCUCGUCAAAUGGGACUACGAGCCGGAGGAGGUGGUACCGCAGUUGCGCAACCGCACGCAGCAUGUGUUAGACUGGAUGAACUACGACGGCCAGCUGCCGACACACAACUCCGUUCGGGUGAACAUCCACAGAGAGGCUGCCCGUAUGCGCAAGCCUAACAUUUCUGCCGGGCCAAAGACCUUCUUCAACUCCUCCGGCUCUCGCGCCAACGCCCGCACGGCUCGAUUUAAUAAUUCUCGCAGCCCGCAGUCGUAA